CGAGCUCGCUCACGCCGCACCUGCGAAGCCCGCGGUCAGCGAGAGUGCAGUCUGCGCGGUGAAGGGACCGGACGGGAAAGAUGGCCGUCGCGGAACAUAUGACAAAGAACGGCGGGCUCCCGUCGCGACCGACGACGGCGACAUCCUCGCGACGACGACGACGUGAAGGACGCCUAAACCGCGGCACCGUCGCCGCUCGCCGUCGUUAAGCGCCGCCCGCCGGCGGCCGCGUCGUCGCCAAGUCGCAGCGCGUCCCUACCCGGUGCAACGUGCGGCGGCGGGGCGACAGGAGAGAGGAGAUUCGCGUGUGGCAGUUCUCAGCAGACAGGUGAGUCGAGGUCGAAGCCGCUGCCGCUGCCGACGCCGACGCCGUCGCCGUCGCAUCUCUGUGGCUGCCGCUCCGUGUUGCCACCUGCCACCGACGCCGCCGCCGUCGCCGCCGCCGCCGCCGUCGUCGUCGCCGUCGUCGUCGCCGUGACCGCUGUGGCUGCCGUGUCCGUGUCCGCGACAGUGGUGAUAUAGCGCGGCGCAGCGGGGGAGCCAUGACUACGCGUGGAGAAUGGGCUCGAUCGCGUCGGUGUUGCAGUGGCAUUGCUCGGAGUGCGCUCUGAUAAAUCCGACGGAGAGCGCGAGAUGCGCCAGGUGCGGGCUGACGCGGUUCAGGAGCGACGAGAGGGCCAGCCACGGCAGGCUCGAGCGUGCGGCCACCAGCAGCGCGGAGCGUAGCGGAGGUAGCGCGCCGCGGCAAGAGGCCGCCGUUAGAGCAGCGGUCGCGCUCGCGGGGGCCAACGAGCGACAGCAGCCGACGAGGAAGAGGCGCGACGACGGAGAGGAGCCAGAAUCCUCCGGGGAAUCGACACCGCCGACGCCGCCGCCGAGGACGGACAGAUUGGCGCGCAACCCGAUCACGGAGUGCUCCACGUCGUUUACUGCCGCCGACCAGUGCAGCGAGUCCCGACGCGCCGCUGUUCGCGGUUUCGAGAAGUACCUGUCUACAUCCGAUGUCAGGAAGAAUUUGCAGCGCGGCUCAUGGGCUGGGACCUCGUCCGACAGAGAACCGUUGAAGCGCUCCACAUCUCUACCCUCUUUAGUCACGCAAUGGACUUGUAUUCGAUGUCUGUUGGACAAUAGCUGUAGCUCAUUGAUUUGCGCUGCUUGUGAUGCUAGUUCGUCGAUAGCGCAAACCGACAGAAGACAGAUCGGUGCGCGCAAGAGCAAGAAGAUUAAUUUGCAUAAGGAAAAUCGCCUGAAAAUCACCUCGGGACUUUUGGCCAAUGUCCUAGAUGGAGGUGCUGGCACAAGCGGCUUUAGUAACGAUGAUAAAAUUAGUAAUACAGGCAUGGCACAGUUGACGAGUAUAAGUCGGAACGAACGCGAGAGAGUGGACCACAAAGACUGGAUUUUACCGUCGAUUGGAGCGAUGGAGUCCACGACGCUUCCGUUCGCGGAUAACACCGAUACCUCUCAACGUUCUCCGAAGCGGCAUAGUCCCUCUAUGUAUGAACGAGUAAAAUCCAAAGUCAGUCGUUCCUUAUCGAACGGCUCCGUCGUACAAAAACUAUCGGAGCACGCUGUCCAGCGACCCACGAGCCUGGUAGUGCCGGAAGCGCGUCAAGAUGAUGGUCUGUGGAGCUGCGAUAACUGCACGCUGGACAAUGCGCCCGGUUUGGAGCAAUGCGAAGCAUGCGACGCUCCCAGAAGUCCAGCACCUUGCAGCGGAGUGGUUAUUAGUGUGCCGGCUUGGGUACCACGCGCGUUAUCGUCCGCUGGGCCUUUGUCUUAUCGGAGAUCUUUCUCCGACGUUGACUCGGUUGCGAGCGUGACGCAGAAGAAGACUGUCAACCGUAGGAGUCUGAACGACGAAGAGCCGCCAGCGGUGCCGCCACAUUCCAUUGGCUUCAACACGAGACCAAAGUAUUCCUACAUAGGGAUCACGGAUCCCGAUAUACCGCCGCCGUUGCCAAAGAAACAGAGCAGUAAGUUAGGCCUGAUACCGACGAAGGCGCACAGCGAGGCGACCAGUCCGGUGGGCGAGGUACCGAGCGUGAGCCCGCUCAAGCGAAUGUGGACCUGCAGGAAGUGUUCUUACGCGUACAAUCCGCUAUGGUCGGGUGGCUGCGACAUUUGCGGCUCGUCCAGGUCGCCACCGUCGUUGACGCAACCCAGCCUGAUUACCGUCACGAAGGAUACCAGCAGCUAUCCGACGCACGCACAAUCCCCAAUCGUGGUGACGGGAGAUAGUGUCCGAUACAUCCCGCCAAAGUCAGCCACUUUGGCCACGGCAGAGUCCGACUUGGACGACCAGAUUGACCCGCCGUCGCCGGUAUGGACGUGCAAAAAGUGUACUCUGCUGAACGCCGCGUCGAGAACGACGUGCGAGGCUUGCUGCGGCUCGAAGCUCAAGAGUAUCAUGCACCUGGAGGACGCCACUUUGCGGAAGGGCGAGAGCUGGGUAUGCCCGUCGUGCACGCUGAGGAAUCCUCUGUCGGCACAGAACUGCAAUGCUUGCAAGACCCUAGCGGACUUCCUCGAGGUCCCGAAGGACAACCGAGCUCUGGGCCAACGAAGCCCGAGCCCGAGGCUCUGCCCGACCCCGGCGAAUUCCAAAGCGGUCACUCCGAGACAUCGAAAUUCCGUGAGGAGAAACGGCUCGUCGGCGGGCGACAAGAGGCACUCGAGGACCAGGGACUCUUCACACGCUCAAUGGCAAUGUAAACUUUGUACGUACGAGAACAAAAGUACGAACGCCAUCUGCGAAAUGUGCCAAAGCUCGAAGUCGUUGUCCCAAGUAUCUGGAGACAGGGGGAUAUCCAGACUCAUCGAGUCGGGCACUAGUACCCUUAGAAUACAGCGGCAAGAAAGCGUGGUGAUGGAAAACCUCAGGCAGCUGGAGGAGAGGGAAGCGCUCGAAAAGUGGGAGCGCAUCGUGCGAUACUGCAAAGAGACAAACGAGCCGUUCGUCGACGAUUCGUUUCCGCCCGCUCCGAAAUCCUUGUAUUAUAAUCCCGCGGACACGAAGGAUAAUCACGUCGUCCAAUGGAGAAGGCCGCAUCAGAUUAACGUGGACUCAAGUGUCGAUUCUAAACUGCCUUGGGCUGUCUUUAGGACACCCUUACCUUCUGAUAUCUCGCAAGGUGUCUUAGGAAAUUGUUGGUUGCUGUCGGCUCUGGCUGUUCUGGCCGAGAGCGACGAGCUCGUGAGGAGAGUUCUGGUUAUGAGAGAGACGUGCCCCGAGGGUGCUUACCAAGUCAGACUAUGUAAGGAUGGGAAAUGGACGACGGUGCUCGUUGAUGAUCUACUACCCUGUGAUAAGAGAGGCCACUUAGUGUACUCUCAGGCAAAACGGAAACAGCUUUGGGUGCCGCUGAUCGAGAAAGCGGUUGCUAAGAUACACGGCUGUUACGAAGCCUUAGUAUCCGGUCGUGCUAUAGAAGGUCUAGCGACACUGACUGGUGCCCCGUGUGAGAGCGUGCCUUUACAACCUUCAGCAUUGCCAAGCGAAGACGAACUCGACAGGGACCUAAUAUGGGCACAACUUUUGUCCUCGAGGCAGGCCAUGUUUCUAAUGGGUGCUAGCUGCGGAGGUGGUAAUAUGAAGGUUGACGAGGAGGAGUAUCAGCGCAAAGGUCUGAGGCCGAGACACGCGUAUUCUGUCCUCGAUGUACGCGAUGUACAGGGAAUACGGCUGUUGCGACUACGCAAUCCCUGGGGUCACUACAGUUGGAAAGGGGACUGGUCGGACGAUAGUCCUAUAUGGACCCCGCAAUUACGAGAGAUGCUUAUGCCGCAUGGUGCUUCGGACGGUGUCUUUUGGAUAUCUUUUGACGACGUUCUAAAGUAUUUCGAUUGCAUUGACAUCUGUAAGACGAGGGUCGGCUGGAGCGAAGUGAGACUGCGCGGCACUCUGCCUCCGUUGUCGUCCCUCAGGCACUUGUCGUGCGUUCUUUUGACAGUAUUAGAACCUACCGAAACGGAAUUCACGCUGUUCCAAGAGGGCCAAAGAAACUCGGAAAAGUCGCAACGUUCUCAGCUGGACUUGUGUGUGGUAGUCUUUCGCACGAGGUCUCCGGCCGCCCCGGAAGUCGGUAGACUAGUGGAACACAGUAAACGGCAAGUGCGCGGCUUCGUUGGUUGCCACAAGAUGCUGGAGAGGGAUCUGUACAUUGUCGUGUGCCUGGCCUUCAAUCACUGGCACACCGGAAUGGAAGAUACGUCCAGCUAUCCGGAAUACGUUCUCGCCAUACACAGUUCGAAAAGGCUUUUGGUCGAGCAGAUCUCGCCGCCGGCUUUUGUCCUGGCCGAUGCUAUCAUCAGUCUAACAUUGGCCAAAGGGCAACGGCACGAAGGCAGAGAAGGCAUGACUGCUUAUUAUCUAACUAAAGGGUGGGCCGGUUUAGUGGUAAUGGUCGAAAAUCGUCACGUGAACAAAUGGAUUCACGUAAAAUGCGACUGCCAUGAAAGCUAUAAUGUCGUGUCCACAAGAGGACAACUCAGAACUGCCGAUAGUGUUCCACCCCUUCACAGACAAGUCAUCAUAGUCCUAACGCAGUUGGAAGGUAGCGGAGGUUUCUCCAUAGCACAUCGACUCACGCACAGAUUAGCUAACAGUGGAAACCUGCACGACUGGGGACCGCCUGAUACCCAGCAUUGUCCCCAAAUCGAUACUCAGGUGGAAGGUUUGCACAGUCCUCGCUUGAUAACGUGAAACUAAGAACGUGGUUAAUGAACGGGUAGUAGCGAUAAUCAGAUCGAGGCUCUGGACACGUCGCUCAAGGGAAGUGAUGUCGAUCGUAUUGAACCAGAAACGAUUCUUGUACACGCGACGUUUGAGAAAUUGACUGAGAUGAAAACCAAAGCAAGCUAGAAAGAUUUCAGAGUACAGUAAGACGUUCCGGUGACAUUAGGAGAUACUCUUUGUGCUUUCUAGCUGAUAAUAUUCCACGGAUGCUCUUAGCGUUGCAACAUGCUCAGCAUUGGACGUAAUACAAUAAGUAACAAUUAAUAUACAAUGGUUCUGGACCCCCCCCCCCUCCCCAGUGACUAAUGAUAAUGAUACCUUCUUUCGAGUAGACAGUGCGUCACGCACUUUGAGCGCGCGCGGGUAUUAACACGACAGAAUGAGCAAACUUGAGAACAAAAAAAAAGAGAGAGAGAGAGAGAGAGAGAGAGAAAGGGGGAAAAGAGUAAGAUGAAACGUGCAAAUUAAGUGUUUCUGCUGGAACCAUUGAACCGUAAAGAAGACUUAUGGAAAAUUGAAUAUUUAUGAAGAAACAAGUUGAACAUUUUGCUUGUUAUAUAAACAAAAAAAUUAUUUUCUCAACUUAACGUUUAAGCAUCGUAAGAAAUGACAAAACCUAAAGAUUACACAAUAAUAUAAUGUAAAAUGAGAAACCAUUUUAGGAGACACUAAGGAUGUGUGUGUGAACACCGUACACAUUGUUUUUGGAAUUGCUUAGAGUAUAUAGUACGAUUACGGAUCGGGACAUUUCCAGUUUAACCGACGUUUACACGCCGAUCUCUUAUUGCUGUACACGUAAGGCCGUAUUUUGAAACCCGCAUUUGAGGGAACUCGAGUUCUUAGUUCUCCGUUUGACAUGUGCACGAUAUAAAUGACGAAAAAAAAAAAAUUAAAAAGAAAAACACAAAGAAAAAGAAAAAAGAGGCUGGAUCCUUAUGCACGAGGGUUCUCAUGUAUCGACGGUAGUGGCAUAAUAGGACGUUUAACUUAUCUAGACUUUGUUGUUCCCAUCUCGCAACUGGAUGGAGAGCUUGUGCUAAAGAAAAAAAGGAGAAAAAAAUAUAAUAAUGGACGUAGCGCGCGCGGCUACAGAACCAAAGAUCUCUCUUGAAAGUUUUAAAAUAUCUCGACGCGUUCACUGCCAUUCUAUGCAAUGUAUAUAGCCUACUUUUCGCUUCUGUUACAAAGUCGCUUGGAUUAGUCGGGGGCAGAAUCGGAAUCGUCGACGACAUUCCUCGCGCACUCUCAUUCUCGUUACGUUCUCGUUUGCCUUUGGUCGGUACGUUGCGAAAUACAUGCGCAAGCAUGGCAGUUAGCGGGUUAGACGUCUUUAAUUCUGUGUUCAUGUGCUCUUCGAGGAGGAAAGCUACAUUAACGUAUUUGUGUCUCUCGUUUGUACAUCCAGCCGAUAUCGCAGCAGCACUAUCAGACAGGGCGAUAUGUCCGUUUAUUCGCACAGACAUCACGAAGACGCGUCCGCGAAUCUAAUCUCUUGCGUUUGGCAAAAAGAAAAAAAGAGCAAAAAAAAGGAAAAAGAAAGGAAGAAAAAGAAAAAAGAACGACAUCGGCACAUCGUUGAUCUUUCACAGGGCACACCUGUGGUGGGCGAGUAAAACGACACGUUGCGUAAACGUUUAAUCAAAUCUCCAAAUGCAAAUAUUUUGUUGAGACGAGAGUAUAUUUAAAUAUUUGAAAUACGUAAUAUUAAAAUAUAAGCGCGAUCGCGUGCUACCGAUCGCAGGUGGUACUUUAAUCGAGAGGAUCGAACGUGCAAGUUACGUAACACACUGAAUUUUAACAGUCGUUGUCCCCGGACGAAUCUGUCAAGCUCGAUGUAUGCGGGAGAGACAGAGAGAGAGAGAGAGAGAGAGAGAGAUAGAGAGAGAAAGAGAGAGAGAGAGAAAGAGUAAGAGAGAGAAUGUGUGUGUAUGUAUCGUAAUAUGCUUUCAUGUGUCACGUAAACCGACGAGCGUCUGAUUCACCGUUCCGAGACGGCAAGAUCUGAUGUUUUGGCUCUAAUGUCAAACUGCCAUAUUCCAUGUUUUCGGGCAAUUGUCGAGACGAUCUCGCGCGUGCGGUCGCGUGUCUGGCAGUAGCGAUUACAUCGAAUCAAACAAACCAAAAAAAAAAAAAGAAGGAGCAAAAAGAAAAUUGUCUGAAGCUCUCUAUAUACAUUGAAUGUGGUGAUGCGACAAUAUACGAUGCUGUGAUCAGCCGAUAAAUGCUUUGAUUUAAACCGGAAGAGAAAUUUGCCGAAAGAAAUUCCUUGGUUGACGGACCGCGAGCGUUGUGUGCAAACGCUGUUGCAUUCAAUAGUACAAAAUUCUCAUUUUACGAUUCACGCGGAGAAAUUCGCUCGUCUCGUCCGAGCGCCGCACAGACCGGCGCGGCGUACAUUGGUGCUGUCGUUCGAAGUUUAAAUAUUAAAGGCCAAAACAACAAGAAUGUCCAGAGAGUUAGGUACGUGUCCCGGCAUUGGUACUUUCACUCUCAGGCAUUCGGGAUCGACACCACUAGUGUACGUGUCUCGACUCGUAGUGUGGUUUUCAAUCGUAAAAACGAUACGAUGGAAAAUCGUGCUACUAUCUAAUAAUGUAAGUGUUGAGACUGUUGUGCCGGGUUUCUGUGCGCUCGUUUGCAUAACUGUUCGCGCACGUCCCUCCCGAUGAAGUGAGGAGCGCAUCAUCAAAUGGUCACGAUUGCGAGCCACUCGCGAGCUCGGGGGUUGCUUGCUUGUUGAUCGGUUACGAUCGAGAUCGAGGUGAUGACACACUUGCUGCAAAUAUUGGCCCUUUGUUUCAUUCCGAUCUGGUAGACGGGAGUGCAAUAAAUACGCUUGCGUUUACAAGCGCUUCCGACUUCAUCGGGAAAGGAAGUGUGUGUGUAUGUGUGUGUAUGUGUGUGCGCGCAAAAACCGUUCUGCAAGCCGACUAUACGCAUGUAAUCGCGUGAGCUUUCUUUCGAGACAGUCGCCAGCGUCGGGAUUUGUACGUGUUGUAAUCUCAUUCGCUCUUCUCGAGUUGAACGAUUGGUAGAGACUGAUGUAUUCGCAGCGAUAUGUAUUAUUUGCGCGUGCCCUGAGUUUCUACCACACCGAGAGCGCGGAUUAUUCGGGAAUCUCAUUUUCCUUUUCUGUUUCGUUCCCCACGAUGUCGCAAGUUACGAUUUUCCACCCGUGAGAUUGUCUCCCGCGCGCGAGAGAAUGCGCAGCGCACGCGGGGCAUUCAUUCCCAUCCCCCCCUUCGUCGAUCUCAAAACAGCAGGCCGAAUUUGUCGUAGCAGGGCCUAAGCGCUAGUGACUAGUUUUAAGGAUUAUAAAAACGAGGAACAUAGUCCCGGGAAAUGUCCGUUUUCUCAGCAAUCCGUAAUGCGCGUAUUGACGGAAAUACGUCCAGAUAAUCAGACUUUUAACACAGUGAUGCGCUCAAAAGUUCAGUGAACGUUCUACGAACGAGAGAUUCGGAUUCCCGCGCGAUGGCUCGCGACUCGAACGACGUUUCGCAUACAUCCACACAUCCACCCACACACACACACACACACACACACUCACCCCGGUCGGCUGAACGUUCACAUUUCGGGAUUCAAGCGUUAAAAUGCGCACAGCACCUGAGGCAUUCUCAAUUGUUAAUGCAGUAACGCGCGAAAGUGCUGCAUCGCGGCGACUCACACAGCGAUCGUCUUGCACGGAGAGGACAGAUUCGGCUGAAUUAACGCGAACCGAGCGCAUUUUGAUCGAAGGCGACGGGCGGGAUCGGAUUCUCACGAACCGAAUUUUGCGUUCCCGACGAGCGGAACUUUUGUCCCUUCCGAGUGAAACUCCUCGUCAAGCUGACCGAUCUGUUCCCUCCGUGCGCCUCUGAGCGGAAUGUUUCGCUCAGUCUAAGGGUUCAAACGCGACCAUGCACGCGUAACGUCGUUUAAUUCGCCGAGGCAUUGAAGGAAUUUAUUCUUUACGAGUAACUCUACUUGAUAUUUGCAGUAGGUUCUGUAUUGAGUGGCCUUCGUUUACAAAAGAUAAUAGUUUCGUAAAUAUAAGACUCACAUGGACUCACCAUCGGAGUUGUGCGCUUCGCGAACGUACCGCCCCGGGGUGCGAAGAGAAUCACAGUCGACUUGUUCAUCAAUGAGACGCCGGAGGGAGUCAAUUGAAGCGGAAGAGCGGAAAAGAAUCAGAAUGCUCAGAGACGGAGCGCCUCGUCUCGUCUCUUCCACCCUCGAAGCGUACAGCUCUCAUUGUAUGAGAUCACACGCGCACAUUCUUAAACACACUCGAGGUACCGAAGUGGCAGGUAGCGAGAGAAAUCGCGCUGUCGUACGCGAAAUGGCGCAGAGCGGGCUGGAGGAUUGAUUCUCAUUUUUUCUACCGCAGCACAACACGCGAGCGCGAGUUUGCAUUUUUACGCGAGGGCGGCGGCGGCGGCGGCAGCGGCGGCGGAAAUGCUAAAUAAUAAUCUAGUGCCAUACGACGGAGUCGUAGCGAGUUGUAGCCCGCGUGAAGGAGGGAAAGACGGACGGCGAGUCCCGACGAUGACCGGUACAUUCGCAUGUCAUAAUGUAACGUAUAAGGCGUUUCUCCACAAAGAGUAAACAAACAAAUAAUCUAUUUUACAUAUUGCAUAAUCACCGAGGCUAAAAGACAUCAAGACGUUCCCGUUCGGCGGCUCGCGGAGAUCGCGGACUCACCGGCGCGCUCCGGCUGACGAUUCUGCGGCUCUCUCCGGAGAACGGAAACGCGAAGAGCGAAAAGUUUCGCGCGCGAACCGCACGACUUUAUCCGGGAAACGACGACCGGCGGUGCGGCAUUAUUACGUCAAUGUUGUGCUUUCUCGCUCGACAAUGCGACUGUCACGCCGUGCGACAUUACAGCACGCUUGCAUUGCUGAGUGAGAGAUUGUAUUGACAUAUGAUAAUACAAUAUUGGUGUAAUUAUAAUUAUAAUGUAAUUAUAUAAUGAAUUAUGAUAUAAUUAUAUUAUCGCAUUGCAAUUACAAUAAUAUUUCGAUGUGAUAUCACUGCGUAACAUUACCGGGCGGUUACCGGGUAAGGAUCGUGCGAGUUUUCAAGCAAGGAAAAUGUGUGAAACACUUUCGCGUUUCCGCUCCUGGGAGGGAAGUUACACGAUCGCCGGCGGGAUGUUUGGCGGAACGGCGACGAACGUUCAUUCAUCAACGGGUGCGGCUUGAUACACGCGCAUAUUUUUACUAGACA